AUGAUUUAUGCGUGGGAGAAUGGGGACACAAGACGCCUGUACCAUGGCCUGAACUGGGAAAAUCAGCUCUGCGGUGUCGACGCCGAAGUUAGCGCCAAGCCGUACCUGUAUUGGUGCACGAAGCCCAGCGACACUGCGCUAAGCCAGGGUGAUCUGUCGGCAGCAAACCUGCCGAGCUCGAUUACAGAUGCGGCUGGUCAUCUUAUACCCUUGGCCAACGCCAUUCUGAGCCCUAGCGAGACGAUGGAUUUGCUGCAUCCGAUUUGUCUCGCAUCUUGCCCACAGGACCGCAGCACGUUCCAUCCUUGUCUGCAGAACGUGGAUACAGAGCAGCAGAUCCCGAGGAACUUCGACGGUAGCUUUUGGGUGAACAACACCUACAUCUCCCACCUUGUUCAGGACAUAGAGACAACGCUGUUUGCAAAGCGCUUCUGCUUGCCGAAGGAGAACUUUCUGGUCGAGCAGCUCAACGAGACGCUGAGUGGCUCGAUGAAUGCAUUGAUGUACAAGACGCAGGAAAUCGUGAGUGCUCGCCGCGUCUACAUCCUGGUAGGAGGAUUGGCUAUCUUGAUGUGCUACUUGUACCUCUUUGCCAUUGAUCUCCUUGCAGCGCCCAUCAUCUACGGCAUGCUGCUCAUCGCCACAGCUGGGUCUUUCUUGACGUCGCUGUACUUCUUUUACGCAGCCCUGCGCAUCGAAAUAGGGAAGGCCCUGUCGGUGAACGAGGAGGCUCUGCCUCUGGUAGAAAGCACAAAUGAUCGCAAUUGGGACCUGGUCGUUGGCGCAGUAUGUCUUCUUAUCGGCAUCGCGGCCACUUGCUUCUGGUGCUGCAAAAAGAACUCCAUCACCUUCGUUAUUGCUGCAGUCAAAGCGACUAUUCGGAUACUUUAUGACGUUCCUCAGCUUAUACUGCUGCCUGCGGCCGGUGCUGUCGUUCGUGGUGUUAUCUUCAUCAUCUUCUUGUGGGGAGCCGCGCUGCUUGUCUCUGCUGGAGAAGUUGAACAAGCGGAUCUCACUCAGUACGUGCCCAAAGGCAUCGCUCGAACAUUCUCCCAUACGCAAGAUGAGACGCUUUACAUUGUCUACUACUGCUUUUCUGUGUUUUGGAUGUGGGAGCUGCUGCUUGCCUUGGAGACCUUUGUGGCUUCUUACACGGUGGUCAUCUGGUACAACGCCCCGUUGGCAAAUGGAAAGAAGCGGGUGCCCUGCUUCCCUGUUGUACGAGCCUUCUUCGUGGGGCUGACGUACCAUCUCGGGAGUUUGCUCUUCGGAGCUGUCAUCCUAGCAAUCUUCCGCGGUGUUUACUUCCUCGUGUCCUUGUUCCAAUCGCAGGUCCGUGGCAAGGGUGACGAUGAAAACGAUGUUGCACGGACAUCUGCCGCCUGCUGCUGCUGUUGUUUGCAGUGCGUGGAGCAGAUCCUGCGUUACCUCAACAAAGGAGCCUAUGUACUGAUUGCCGUGAACUCCGACAACUACUGCUCGGCUGCAGACAGGGCCUUGCGUCUUAUGGCCUCCAACAUCUUUGAGCUCGGCUUGCUGCAGGGCGCCACGGUCUUGUUCCAGGUACUUGGGAACGUGGUGAUUCCCGGACUCGGGGGAUACCUCACGUACCUCAUCGUCCGGCAUUUGGAGUGGUUCAAUGAUCCUGCUUCAGAUCACUUCGUGGCACAGCCGGACUUGGUGGAGAGUGCAGCGCAGCUUUCUGCUUUUUUCGGGACGAGCAGUGAGGUCGUGGGCGCCCUCAUCUGCUUGGCGGUCUCGCUGGCCUUCAUGUCCGUCUUUGACACCGCCCGGGAGCCUGAGAUCUUGCUAAAUAUUUGCAACGGCCAGCGGCCGGAGCUCUCUGAGGUUUCUGAUGCCAUGAUCUAUGCGUACAUCACAGACGAGGAAUGGAGGCAGCAAACGCACAUGUGCUCGGGAGAUUGUAGCGGCACUUGCAACGUGGAGCUUGUUCACGAUCUGUUCGACUUCACACAGGAAUUCAUCGAGCGGGGCUACCAUGCAGAGUACGCCAACUGGAGGGACUCAUACCUGAAAUGGCGACAGGGCGAUGCCAAGGGCGCCAAGGGCGAAAACGCCCACACCACCCACCUGCGAAACAGGAAGCAGCGCACCUUCGAAUACUGGUACCCGACCGUCUCCAAUUUCAACUUCAGACGCACCUGUGCCUAUUGGAUUGGUGUGCUUUUCGUGGAAGGAUGCCUCUUCUUCCUUUGGCCACCUCUCUUCGAUGCGUUCUGGCCUGGGGCGCCCGCGCGAAUGAAGUUCUGGAUAAGUAAGAUUCCACUUCUGGUGGGAACUUCGACCUUCGGGUCCGGCAUCUACAUGGGCUACUUGGAGCUUAUAAACAUGGACGUCGAUGUCUCGGAGCGAAGGGCUAACCUGGUCUGGUGCGAUUGGCGGGCGCUCUACAACCUCCUGCUCGAGGCCAAGGAGGACAAUGGUGAAGGUGAGAACGUUGACGAUGGCGAAAGCUCCGUCGCUGGCAGCGAGGUCUUCUGGUAUCAGCCGCUUUCCUCCAUCCUCGGAUGGGUGAUCUACAUGAGUGGCGCCCUCCUGUUCCAGAUGGCAAACACUGCAGACCUCUUUGACAUGCCGCAGGAGAUGCACGGAACUAUCGUGGAGUGGCCACUGAUCUUCGGAGGCCUCUGCUUCUUCUUCGGCGGCAUUGCAGAGGUAGUUCACAACCGCUGCUGGGCAACUCCACCAAACACUUUUGUGUGGUGGUCUUCCGUGUUGAACUUCUUUGGUGGCAUCGCUUUCUGGCUGUGUGCCUGCCCGGAGACCCUGGGCGAAAUGACAACUCCGAUUGGGGUAGGAGGUACAGCGCUGUACCUGAUUGGUGCCGUGCUGGGAUUAUGUAUGUGGCGAGGGGAGCAAUUCGGAUUGAGCCUGAUCUCAAACUUGAACAGAGUGCAGCGUGUGGACGGAACGAAGAUCGCAGUCCGGACGCAUGCCGAGACGGGCGUCAGUGAGAUCAUGCCAAUCAACCCGCAGGCUCUUCAACUGGAUGACACCAAAAAUGCCUUGCAGCCCAAACUGUCCUGGCGCGGACUAGUCUUCGUGCUGCUGUGUGUUCUCUGGGGCACAGCCUCGAUCCUGCACGUUUUUGCAGUUCCAGCUGCACCCUGGGAGUUUGAGUCCACAUCAAGGACCUAUCGAAGGCACUUGCUUUCGCAGGAAAUGACGAGCAUCGUCCAUGCCAUUGGCGCUCAUCUCAUCAUACUCCUGAACUCUGCAACGGUCAACGUGCCGGCAGAGGAGCCGUUUCGCUUCAUGACGCUUGCCUUGCGGCUUCUGGUGGCUGUGAUGACGGCACAGUCAGUCCUAUCGAACUGGACAUUCCUGAUUGAUGAGCACGACUGA